UUGAAGUUGAACCAUCGGCCAUCGAGGUUGUGUGUACAAUUGUGCUGUGUGCUGUGGAAGUGUGAAUUUAAAAAACUAUCGUUUCAAUUGAUACGUUCACUUACUAUAGUUCGCGAUGAACAUGAUUUGAUUCGUUACUAAUCGCAUUACCGCCCCAAAUGAUUACGUUGGUGCUUACUGGUGUUGUUCUGUUUGUCUACAUAUUCCUACAAAAAUGGUGGUCUUCCACGACAUCUGAUGAUUUGGCAUCACAAAUUUCUGCAGUUUCUAAAGCCUCGAAGGACAAGCGAAAACACCCGCCUGACGGUGAUUCGGCAGCCGAAAGCUGCGAUACAGAACCGCCCGUCAUCAAAAAAAGCAGCCAACACAUCCACACCAACGGCAACGUUGAACCUGAAAUUGCUAUCGAUGCCGUUGCGCAGCAGAUAAAACGCGUUUCAUUUUCCAAUGCAAAUCAUAUCUACGAGGAUCAGGAAUCUUCGUCAGAAAAACUCAAUAAUCAUUGUGCAUCGAAUCAUACUAGUAGCUCGAGUUUAGAUUCGGUGAACGAAAACGUUGCUGGGAACGGAAUGGAUUCCAAUAGUGGCGAUGGAGGUGGCGGGGACCGACCGAAUUUUAUCGUCGGUGAAGACGGUCUGGAAGAGAACGAAGCCAAGGAUGAGUUUCCCCAGAACACGCAGAAUGGCAUGCAAUCGCACGCAGCUUAUGAAGUAAAUCUCAACGAGAAGCGACGACGCUUGAGACCUAGUAUGUCCCAUGGCACCGGACUAGGAUUAGAACGAGGCCAUGAGCGUGACUUUGUGCUAUCGACCACCGAGGAAUUCGUUAAGAAGUUUAACGGAACGCGAGCGAUCAAUAAGGUAUUGAUUGCCAACAAUGGUAUCGCUGCGGUCAAAUGUAUGCGAUCCAUCCGACGAUGGGCGUACGAGAUGUUCAAGAACGAACGCGCGGUACGCUUUGUCGUCAUGGUUACCCCGGAGGACCUUAAGGCCAAUGCCGAAUACAUUAAGAUGGCUGACCAUUACGUUCCGGUUCCGGGUGGGUCCAACAACAACAACUACGCAAACGUUGAACUGAUUGUGGAUAUUGCCCUUAGGACCCAAGUUCAAGCGGUUUGGGCUGGUUGGGGUCAUGCUUCGGAGAACCCAAAGCUGCCCGAACUGCUGCACAAAAAGGGUCUGGUGUUUCUGGGGCCACCGGAGCGUGCUAUGUGGGCGUUGGGAGAUAAGGUUGCCUCCUCGAUUGUUGCACAAACGGCCGAAAUUCCUACCUUGCCAUGGUCUGGCUCGGAACUGAAGGCACAAUACAGCGGGAAGAAAAUCAAAAUUUCCAGUGACCUGUUUGCGCGCGGUUGUGUCACGACUUCGGAGCAGGGCUUGAUAGCGGCAGGCAAGAUCGGUUUUCCGGUGAUGAUUAAAGCGUCCGAAGGUGGCGGUGGAAAGGGCAUUCGUCGAGUUGAUCACGCCGAUGAGUUCCCUGCUCUGUUCCGUCAGGUUCAAGCUGAAGUACCUGGAUCACCUAUCUUCGUGAUGAAACUGGCAAGGGGAGCACGACAUUUGGAGGUACAAUUGCUUGCCGAUCAGUACGGCAAUGCCAUCAGUUUGUUUGGUCGUGAUUGUUCCAUCCAGAGACGACAUCAGAAAAUUAUAGAGGAAGCUCCUGCCAUCAUUGCAGAGCCUGAAGUCUUCGAAGAUAUGGAAAAGGCUGCUGUUCGAUUGGCUAAAAUGGUUGGAUACGUGAGUGCUGGCACCGUGGAAUAUUUGUACGACGCAGAAGGAAGAUAUUUCUUCCUCGAACUGAAUCCACGUCUACAAGUAGAGCAUCCUUGUACAGAAAUGGUAGCAGAAGUUAAUCUGCCAGCUUGUCAACUUCAAAUUGGUAUGGGCAUUCCGCUGUACAGAAUCAAGGAUAUUCGUUUGUUAUAUGGUGAGAAUCCGUGGGGUUCAACGGUGAUUGAUUUCGAUGUUCCAACAACUAAGCCACGUCCCCGUGGUCAUGUGAUUGCUGCUCGCAUUACAUCUGAAAAUCCUGACGAAGGAUUCAAGCCGAGCUCUGGUACCGUGCAGGAGUUGAAUUUCCGCUCGAGUCAAAACGUUUGGGGCUACUUUAGCGUGGCUGCCUCUGGUGGUCUACAUGAGUUUGCAGAUUCUCAAUUUGGCCAUUGCUUUUCCUGGGGUGAAAACCGGCAGCAAGCUAGAGAAAAUUUAGUUAUCGCAUUGAAAGAACUUUCAAUUCGUGGUGAUUUCCGUACAACGGUUGAAUAUCUAAUUACGCUAUUGGAAACGAACAGCUUUUUGGAGAAUACUAUCGAUACAGCCUGGCUGGAUGCAUUGAUUGCUGAACGCGUGAAAGCGGAUAAACCUGAUAUAAUUCUUGGUGUAAUUUGUGGAGCUUUGCAUAUAGCUGAUAGGAAAAUAACGGAGGCUUUUACAAGCUUCAAAACAUCGAUGGAAAAAGGACAAAUUCAGGCAGCUAAUACUUUGACCAAUGUAGUAGACGUCGAACUGAUAUCCGAAGGCAUUCGGUACAAAGUACAACCUGCUAAGACAGGCCCCAGCACAUAUUUUCUGGUGAUGAAUGGUUCGUUUAAGGAAGUUGAAGUUCAUAGGCUUUCCGAUGGCGGCAUGUUGAUUUCAUUAGAUGGAUCAAGUUAUACUACGUAUAUGAAAGAGGAAGUUGACCGGUAUCGCAUCGUGAUUGGUAACCAAACGUGUGUUUUUGACAAGGAGAAUGACCCCUCAUUGCUGCGAUCUCCAUCGGCUGGUAAACUGAUCAAUUUGCUGAUCGAAGAUGGUGCUCACGUCGUUAAAGGACAACCGUAUGCAGAAAUUGAAGUCAUGAAAAUGGUGAUGACUCUUACAGCUGGAGAAACCGGAACUGUCUCGUUUGUACGUCGGCCUGGUGCUGUUUUGGAUGCCGGAUCAUUGCUGGGACACCUAGAGCUUGAUGAUCCAUCUUUAGUUACAAAAGCUCAACCCUACAAGAAUCCAUGGCCUCUGACUGGUGAUAGCGUUCAAGUUCCCGAAAAACUAAACCGAGUACAUUCCUCGUAUAAAACAAUUCUUGAAAACACUUUAGCAGGAUACUGUUUGCCUGAUCCUUACAACGCACCUAGACUAAGAGAAAUCAUCGAAAAAUUCAUGCAAAGUUUGCGCGACCCAUCACUACCUCUGCUAGAACUUCAAGAAGUCAUCGCAUCGAUUUCCGGUCGAAUUCCAUUGUCGGUGGAAAAGAAGAUCCGUAAACUGAUGCAACUAUACGAACGUAACAUCACUAGCGUGUUAGCCCAAUUCCCUUCGCAGCAAAUUGCUUCCGUGAUCGACAUGCACGCAGCUACCUUGCAAAAGCGCACAGAUCGCGACGUAUUUUUCCUGACCACGCAAGGAAUAGUGCAGCUGGUGCAGCGUUAUCGCAACGGUAUUCGUGGCCGGAUGAAGGCAGCUGUUCACGAAUUGCUUCGCCAGUACUAUGCAGUUGAAUCUCAAUUCCAACAUGGACAUUAUGACAAAUGUGUGGCCGCUAUUCGUGAGAAACAUAAAGAUAACAUGGAUGUCGUUGUCGGAACUAUAUUCUCACAUAGUCAGGUAGCAAAGAAAAAUCUAUUGGUGACUUUAUUGGUAGAUCAUUUGUGGGCUAACGAACCAGGUUUGACCGAUGAAUUGGCUGCCACUUUAAGCGAGUUGACUUCGCUAAACCGUGCAGAACAUUCUCGUGUUGCACUUCGUGCCCGCCAAGUUUUGAUUGCUGCACAUCAGCCAGCUUAUGAAUUGCGUCACAAUCAGAUGGAAUCGAUAUUCUUAUCGGCCGUCGAUAUGUACGGUCAUGAUUUCCAUCCAGAGAAUCUGCAGCGUCUGAUUCUGUCGGAAACGUCUAUCUUCGAUAUAUUGCAUGACUUUUUCUACCAUUCGAAUCGCGCCGUUUGUAACGCCGCACUGGAGGUUUACGUACGCCGUGCGUAUACAUCUUACGAGCUAACCUGUCUGCAGCAUUUGGAGUUGUCGGGAGAGGUACCGUUGGUACAUUUCCAGUUCCUUUUGCCGACGGCGCAUCCCAAUCGUUACAAACUUCUUCCAGAUGGGACGGAGACGGACAACAUUUUCGAUUCUUUCAUGCGUACCGGUUGCAUGGCCGCGUUUGAUUCGUUCGAACAUUUUACUCAAUAUUCCGAUGAAAUUUUGGAUCUGUUAGAGGACUUUGCGUCGCCUUCAUUCGUGAAUGCCAAAGUAUUGGAAGCCGUAGAAGCCGGAGACUCUGAUCGUCGUAUGAGUACGUCGAUUAACGUUUCUAUUUCGGACCCAAUUUCUCGACCCGCCGAAACUGAUGGGAUUGCGACUCACCCAGCGGAAGCAAUUCAUAUUCUGAGCAUUGCCGUUCGUGACAUGGGCGAUAUGGAUGAUUUGCAGAUGGAGCAUGUGUUUGGAUCAUUCUGCGCUCAGCAUCGCGAAGAGCUUUUGAGUCGUCGAGUGAGAAGAAUCACAUUUGCAGCACUUAAGAAACGCCAAUUCCCCAAAUUCUUUACGUAUCGUGCUCGUGAUAACUUUGAAGAGGAUCGCAUUUAUCGUCAUCUGGAGCCGGCAUGUGCCUUCCAGCUAGAGCUGAACCGUAUGCGCACGUAUGACUUGGAAGCUCUACCGACCGCCAACCAAAAGAUGCACCUAUAUUUGGGCAGAGCCAAAGUACCUAAAGGUCAAGAAGUCACCGAUUUCCGUUUCUUCAUCCGUUCGAUUAUUCGUCACUCGGAUCUGAUCACCAAAGAAGCUUCGUUCGAGUAUCUCCAGAAUGAAGGCGAACGUGUUCUGUUGGAGGCUAUGGACGAACUGGAAGUUGCUUUCUCACAUCCCCAGGCGAAACGGACAGAUUGUAAUCACAUAUUCUUGAAUUUUGUUCCCACGGUAAUAAUGGAUCCGGCGAAAAUAGAGGAAUCUGUAACCAAAAUGGUAAUGCGUUAUGGCCCUCGAUUGUGGAAACUACGAGUGCUACAAGCCGAACUUAAGAUGGUCAUUCGGCAAACAACCCAAUCUCCAACUACCUCCGUACGUUUAUGCAUAGCGAACGAUUCAGGCUACUUUUUAGACAUAGCAAUGUAUACCGAAGUGACCGAUCCCGAAACCCACGUGAUCAAAUUCCAAGCUUAUGGCAAUAGACAAGGCCCACUGCACGGAUUGCCAAUUUCAUCGCCAUACAUGACCAAAGAUUAUCUUCAACAGAAACGCUUCCAAGCGCAAUCGAACGGAACCACAUACGUGUAUGAUAUUCCGGAUAUGUUCCGACAGAUGACGGAACGGUUGUGGAAAGAGUUUUCCAAGGCGCGACCGACGGAAGAUAUUAGGAUUCCCGAGAAAAUAUUGCUCGUAUGCAAUGAAUUAGUGCUCAAAGGAGAUACGUUAGAAGAAAUUCAGCGACUGCCCGGAGAGAAUAAUGUUGGCAUGGUUGCAUGGAGGAUUGUUUUGGCUACUCCGGAAUUCCCUGAUGGUCGAGAAAUUGUUGUGAUUGCUAAUGACCUAACAUAUUUUAUCGGUUCGUUUGGACCUCAAGAAGAUAUGCUAUUCUGCAAAGCCUCUGAACUUUCACGACAACGCAAGUGUCCCCGAAUUUAUAUUUCGGUUAACAGUGGUGCUCGUAUCGGAUUGGCAGAAGAAGUAAAGUCUUUGUUCAAAGUUGCAUGGGAAGAUCCUGAUGAGCCAGAAAAGGGAUUCAAAUAUCUAUACCUGACUACGGAAGAUUAUAGUAAGAUUGCGAAUACGAAUUCAGUCCGUGCCAUUUUGAUUGAGGACGAAGGUGAGCCGCGAUAUAAAAUCACUGAUAUUAUUGGUAAAACCGAUGGUCUUGGUGUGGAGAAUCUUCGUUACGCUGGAAUGAUUGCUGGUGAAACUUCUAGAGCAUACGAGGAUGUUGUAACAAUUUCGAUGGUUACUUGCAGAACUAUCGGAAUCGGUUCUUAUUUGGUACGUCUUGGCCAACGUGUGAUACAAAUUGACAAUUCUCAUAUUAUUCUGACCGGUUUUGCUGCGUUGAACAAACUGUUAGGUAGAAAAGUGUACGCUUCAAACAAUCAAUUGGGUGGAAUUCAAAUUAUGUACAAUAACGGUGUAACGCACAAAACGGAAGCCCUGGAUUUAGAUGGCGUUUACACGAUACUUUAUUGGCUCUCUUACAUUCCGGAUGUCCGCGGAGGUUUGCUACCCAUUGUAUCGGCAAGUGACUCGAUAAACCGACCGAUUGAUUUCAUGCCAACAAAAGCUCCAUACGAUCCACGAUGGAUGCUGGCAGGACGUGUUAAUCCUUCUAAUCCCUCGGAAUGGGAAACUGGGUUCUUCGAUCGUGGCACCUGGUCGGAAGUGAUGGAACCAUGGGCAAAAACAGUAGUCGUGGGCCGUGCUAAACUUGGAGGCAUACCAGUAGGUGUGAUAGCAGUAGAGACCCGAACCGUUGAACUCACAAUUCCCGCCGAUCCAGCGAAUCUUGAUUCAGAGGCAAAAACAUUCCAACAAGCCGGUCAGGUGUGGUUCCCGGAUUCGUCUUAUAAAACGGCACAAGCAAUCAAGGACUUUGGUCGAGAGGAACUCCCUCUGAUAAUCUUGGCUAACUGGAGAGGAUUUUCGGGAGGACAAAAAGAUAUGUAUGAACAAAUCGUCAAGUUCGGUGCCUAUAUAGUGGAUGGGCUUCGAGAGUACAAACAACCCGUCAUCAUCUAUUUGCCACCGAACGCAGAACUUCGAGGUGGAGCAUGGGCUGUGCUUGAUCCAACCAUCAAUCCACGGUACAUGGAAACAUAUGCCGACCCAGAAUCUCGUGCCGGAGUAUUGGAACCAGAAGGUAUCGUGGAAGUUAAGUUCAAGGAAAAAGACCUCGUUAAGUCCAUUCAACGACUAGAUCCAGUGGUGUUAGAUCUAAAGAAAAAGCAAGCAGAAGCGGCUGGCAAUAAGGACGCGUUGGCGGAACUGGAAAACCAAAUCAAGAUGCGAGUCAACUCGCUAUUGCACGUUUACCAUACGGUAGCUGUACACUUUGCCGAUCUUCACGACACACCGGAGCGAAUGUUGGAAAAGGGAUGCAUCAGUGAAAUUGUGCCCUGGCGAAGUUCGCGUAGCUUCUUCUACUGGCGAAUGCGGCGGUUAUUGCUAGAGGAGCAUUUCAUCAAACAGAUCCUGGAUGCUCAAGAUAGCCUUUCGGUAGGACAAGCAAAAUCGAUGUUGCGUCGAUGGUUCGUCGAAGAUAAGGGUGCUACAGAGGCUUACCUAUGGGAAAACAACGAACCCGUUGUAGAAUGGUUAGAGAAUCAAAAGAAGAGUGACUCAACAGUUUCUCGCAACAUCUAUGCAGUAAAGAAGGAUGCAAUAAUCUCGCAGAUUCAAAAAGCUUUAGAGGAAUGCCCUGAGAUAGCUCUGGAUGCAGUAGUCGGAUUGUGUCAGGCACUCUCGCCUGCCCAUCGUGGUGAGGUGGUAAAAACGCUUUCUCAGCUUGAAUUUACCGAGAAGGAACAUGCCAGUAUGGGAUGACCGCAUUCUGGCUACUACAAGUAACGCACCAAUGGCAGGAAAUCAAAACGAAAAAAGUAGUACGUUUCGUGGUGAUAUUCCUGCGCAUUAAUGUUCAUUUUCCGUUUUACCGGGAAACCAAUGAUGAUCAUAUCUUUAUCUUUGCUUCAUCAUCCAAUUUAAUCUAAGUGCGCGUUUUCCUCAUAACGACACGAUUUCCGUUCCAUCAGCGUCUUAUUGUUGCUACAUAUAUUAGAAAGGUCAUUUGGCCAAAACACAAAAAAAUAAACGGAUAGCUCGUUCAUAUAGCUCAUACCAAAUACGGUAAAAAAUAUGAAUUAAAACAAAGCCUGUUUCUUAUUAGACUGCACUAGUAAGAGUGUAAUACAUAGCUAUUAAUUUAUCCGGCGUAAUGACAAGACAAUUAGCUGUACUUGAAUGAACAAGAGUUAAUGUUAACAUAAUUUAUUGUUAGAAAUUCAAAACACUCAAUUGUGAGAGAACACGAUUAUUGCGAUAACAACAUUUUAUUUUUGUUCGUUACAUUCAUCAUCAGCUGUUUAAAAGGUUUGUUGUAAGGCGGGGUUUUAUGCUACGGAUAUGUUAAAAUUACACUAUAAAUUCGAACAUCUGAAAAUAAACCAAGGAUACCGGGUAUUUUUGUAAACUCUUCUAAAGGGGAAAACUGUAUAGAUUAGAAUAACACUAUAGCGUGCGGUAAGUCGAGAAGAUGAGUUGUAGAAUUACUUAUAGCAACUUAGCUGGUUUUCUGUUGAGGAACACAUUCGACGAAAAAACGACUCAACAGAAAACGUAUCGAGUUGAGGCAUAUAAUUCCACCGCAGUUGUACACAUGUUCACUUAUGAAGAAAUCUUGUCUGCAUUUAGCAGACUUAUAUUCAGUAAAGAUACCAUCCCAGCCAGAUCUAGACUAACAUUGCAAAAAUAAUGGUUAGAUGAGAAACUAAAUGCAUCACCGAAUCCUCAACUAUUGUACAAACCAAUGGAGAUAUGGGAAAUAUAUGAAAUAAUUAUCUGAUGAA